CCAUUCCUAACUCGUUCUAGUCGCGAAUUAACAAUCGCUAACUUUUGCAUAAUAUUUAGUAUUAGUCAAAACAAAGGUGCAAAUUAUGUCAUGUUUUCGGCUGGCGACUGCCACCGUCCUAACUGGUGUCCGUCCUCCGCCGGCGGGAAGCGGAAGCGUAGCCCUGCGCCUGCUGACCCGUAAACAAAACCCGGAAUUUGCAUUUGCUCGCCGCCAGUUUGCACAAGCGGUGGAAAACGGCGGAGCCAAGAAGAAGCCGAAUGGAACCUUUAAGCUGGCUAUUUUGGGGGCGACAGUGGGCGCAGCCGCAGGAUCGGUGUACACCAUGUACCAGCGCUGGACGGACGGCAGUUCGCACAAGGAGCACGAGGAGACUAAGCCGCAGUGUCUGGGCGGAGUUCCGGCAGGUGUGCGGAUAACCAAGCGCUAUGUGAACCCCAAGGACAACUCCGGACUGGACAUUGUGCUGUUCCAGUUCCAGACGUGUCCCUUCUGCUGCAAGGUGCGCGCCUUCCUCGACUACAUGGGCAUCUCCUAUGCGGUUGUCGAAGUGGACGCCGUUCUCCGGCAGGACAUCCGCUGGUCGUCGGUGAAGAAGGUGCCCAUGGUGCUUAUUCGGCAGCAGGACGGCCAAUACGUGCAGAUGGUGGACUCCAGUGCCAUCAUAUCUCUGAUAGCCACCUAUCUGCAGGACAAGCGCACGGACAUCGGCGAACUGGCGCAGUACUAUCCGCACACAUCCUUCUUCGAUGAUGAUGGCAAGAAGAAGAACGACAUAUUAAACAAAUAUUUCCUCAUGUAUCGGGAAAACACGCCAAAGGGAGUGUCCAAGGAAACGGAGGAGACCGAUCGCAAGUGGAGAUCCUGGGCUGACAGCCACCUGGUGCACCUGAUAUCGCCGAACUGCUACCAAACCAUGGGUGAGUCCCUGGAGACUUUCGAGUGGUUCUCGCAGGCCGGCGAGUGGGAUGUCCACUUUCCCAAGUGGGAACGCAACCUGAUGGUCUACUGUGGCGCCACCGCCAUGUGGGCCAUUGCCAAGAUGCUAAAGCGUCGCCACGCCCUCACCGACGACGUCCGGUCGCACAUGUACGACGCGCUGGACCAGUGGACUGCCGAACUGAAAAAACGAAAUACGAAAUUCAUGGGCGGCAAACAGCCCAGCCUGGCUGAUCUCUCUGUUUUCGGCGUCCUCAGCAGCAUGGAGGGUUGUCAGACGUUUAAGGAUUGCCUGCAGAACACUAGCAUUGGAAAGUGGUUCUAUGAUGUCAAGGCGUUGGUGGAAAAGAAUCGAGGGCAUUUGCAUAGGGAACGCGUCGAAGGCCUGGCCGCUAUAGCUUAGAAGAAAUCAUCUGCACCAGUUUUAUCCAAAGAUUGUUGAAAAUAACCGAACUGUUCAAUAAAAGAUUCAUCUUUUAUCCAAA